AUGGCACCCUCAGUAAUUGUGGCACCCGCAGUGACGGAACAGGAUGUUCCAAUCGUUACCAAAGGCAGAGCGCAGCCGUUGGUAUCGUCAGGCCUCCUUGAUCAAUUCGAGCAAUUCGAUGUAACCCCAGUCAUCGGCACGGAGUUCUCAAUCUCCCAGCGCGGUGUCGUUUUCUUCCGUGCCCAAGACGACCUUACGAACGAUAUUCAGAAGGCAUUGGUUCAGCGACUCGGCGAACUGACGGGAAAGCCAAAAACUUCGGGCCUACACAUUCACCCGAUCUUAAACUCUAGCCGGGAGCUUGGAGGAUCCGAUCCGGAGAUCAGCGCAAUCAACUCUGUCCAGCGCAAGAAGCUUUACGGCACCGCUGCAGGUGAAGAACCUACUGCAAAGCCGCAGAGCGCUGCACGGUGGCACUCGGAUAUCGCGUUCGAGCCAGUCCCCGCUGAUUAUUCCUCACUUCGACUUAUUAACCUACCCAGGACAGGAGGAGACACCCUCUGGGCAUCCGGAUACGAGCUCUACGACCGUAUCAGCGAACCAUACCAGAAGUUCCUUGAGGGUCUCACGGGAACCUUCGCUCAGCCGGGAUUUAGCGCCACUGCAGCUCGCGGUAACUUCGAGCUCUAUGAGAAGCCCCGCGGUGCACCCGAAAACGUUGGUAGCGCGAUGAAAGCAGUGCAUCCCGUUGUGAGGACCAACCCUGUGACCGGUUGGAAGAGCCUUUUUCCCGUUGGUGGCCAUAUCCAGUAUAUCAAUGGCGUAACGGAAGAAGAGUCCGAGGCUCUCCUGAGCUGGUUCUUAGACUUGGUAUACAAGAACCACGACCUGCAGCUCCGCUUCAAAUGGAAGAACUCGAACGAUAUCGCAAUCUGGGACAACAGAAGCACCUUUCACAGAGCAACCUACGACCAUGACGGUCAGGGUGAGCGCUUGGGUAACCGAGCGGUAGGAUUGGGUGAGCGACCGUACUUUGACCCCAAUAGCAAGUCACGCAGGGAAGCUCUGCGCGAGCAUGCUCCUGGUGAGAAGAUUGUGACAUUGAGGUUUGGUGGUUCACGAAUGCGGAUAGCCCAUCGGAGUAUUUCAAGGUCCAUUAAAGAAAAGUGUGAGGAGCCAUUCAAGACGGGUUUUGGCAGGAAAAGAAUGAGGAUAAGAGAGAGAGAUUCAUACGCCUAUCAGGCCUCGAAUCAAUUGAUUGAGUUGAGUUGAGUUGAGUUGAGUUACUCCAUAGUCAUAUACCUCUAAAGGCCACAAGGCCUAUGAGGAAAACACCCUAUAAUUGUCGCAUUUCGCAGGGGUGAUGAUUAAACACGUCCACCGCUUAAGCUCAGUUACUGCAGAGUCACAACGCAAGUUGGU